ACGGUCAAGAACUGACGUUCCCCCUUGGAAAAUAUUUCAGAAAUAUUACAGCCGACACUUUUCCAUGUUAUAUACGGAAGUGGAAACGGGCUGAAAAAAUACCUUAUUGAAUUCUACGCUCGAGAAUACCUCUCGAAGGCCGAUGUGUCUUGUUUUUUUUUGAGUGAGCGUCAUUAAUCGGGGUUAUGUCGAGCGAGGAGAGUUAUCUAGCCAUCCAGCGCUACUUGACCGAUGAACGGGAGCCUUACGCACCGGGCACGCACGGCAACACCAAGAGAAAGAUCCGAAAAGCAGCUACUUGUUACAUAGUGCGCAAUGGGAUUCUUUAUUACCAGAGGCGACAGAAAGGUCUGGAUGAAUUCACGGAGCUGGAAGUGGUGCUGCAGGCCGAGAGGCGGAAGGAACUCAUCACUGAGGCGCACAUCACGUCCGGAGGGGAACACCUCAACCAGCAGCAGACAUGGGAGAUCAUCUCCCAGAAAUACUGGUGGAGAGGUGUACUGAAGCAAGUGAAGGAUUGCAUAAAAGAGUGCAGUCACUGCCAAAGCAAGCAGGAGAAGGGGAGAGGCAAUGCUGAAGAUGCCACGAAACAAGCUGUCCGACAAGUUAGACGAAAGACCUCUGUCUAUGCCAGCGAGGAAGAGGAUGAUGAGGCAAAUGAUGAUUUGGAUGAGGAACAGUCCAAUUCAGCUGAUAAACACGAACUGGUGUUUGUGGAUAGUAAGGGAGUUGUCAAGCAGUUCUUACCAAAGCAUGGGCAGACGAUGCUGGACAGGUUGAACCAGCAGCGACUGAGAAAUGAGUUUUGUGAUAUCACCCUGAUCAUUGAGGGUGAGGAGCAUCGGGCACAUAAAGCUGUACUGGCCUCCUGCAGUGAUUAUUUCUAUGAGCUCUUUGUGGAAAAGGGUGCUGUGACCAGUCAUGAAGCUGUCGUUGACCUCUCUGGCUUCAGCAAGGCCAGUUUUCUUCCCUUAAUGGAUUUUGCCUACACCUCCAAUCUGACCUUUAACUUUUGUGUGAUGGCAGAGGUAGCCACACUGGCACGGCACUUACUGAUGGCUGAAGUGCUUCAGAUCUGUGAAUCUGUGCAUAAGAAAGUAGAAGAACAGAAGCUGAUGGUCUAUCAGAGAGGAGACAUCCACACUGUGGUGGCCAGCCCGCCUGCGCCCCCUCAGCCAGUCACACCCACCGCUUCCGAAACUUAUGUGGUAACUAUGCAGAGUGAUGACACACCUGAAGCAGGACAGUCUCUAGCUGUACUUGCAAGUGAAAUCGGGACGGCUGAAUCGCUGGCUUUGCUUGCUGGCGCGACCAUCGAUGGCGAAACAAUGACUGUAGUUACUCAUAGUGGACAGGCUGGCUCAGCUGAGUCUCUCGCCAUGGUGGCUCACAGCGGCCAGGCAGAGGAAGGUGAGACCAUGACUUUGGUCACUCACUCCGGGCAAGCGGGUUCAGGUGAGUCCCUGGCUGUAGUACAGGCUUGUUGGUCUGUAGAGGAGCCACUGGUUGGUGACACUCCUGUUGCAGAGUGUAUACAAACGGGAGCCUAUCUAAUUAGUGUGGAUCCUGGCAAAUUGGAGGCUUCUGAUAUUGUGCAUCUAGCUGCGGCAGCGCCACCUGCUGUGCAGGAUGAGCCCCAAGCUACUGAGCCCACACGCCAACCUGAGCCGGCCGCAGCAGCACCACAGCCAGCCCCUGCUCCGGUCAGGAGGAGGCCAGGAAGACCUCCUAAAGUGAAGCAGCCGGAACCACCACCACCUCUUCCUUUAGAGGAGGAGCCCAUAGAGAUGGAGGGGGUUGAGGAUGGAUCCGGUGCAGAUGAAGAGAGAAAAGAAGAGGAAUGCAAAGAUCCCAACAAGAGAUACCUCAGAAAACGAUCAGUGAAAGAAGGAGGGUACAUUCGUCUUCAUAUGGGGCUUGAGACCGAGGAGGAAGAGAGAAGCACCUCACCCCCUGCAAAGACACCUCAGAGACUUGCCAGGAGAGGUCGACCGGUUCAGUCUGUGAAGAAAAAUCCUGAUGAGAUUUCAGAGUCAAACACAGAGGCUGCUCCUGAUGGCGUAGCACCUUUAGCAGAGGAACUGGAGCCUGUUGUCGACCAGCCAGAGACUCUGGAGGAGGAGGGCACACUGCCGGGAGACCCAGGAGAUGUUGUGGAAGGUGAACAUGCGUGUAAUGAGUGUGGCAUGGUGUUCCAGAGGCGGUACGCCCUCAUCAUGCACGCUCUGAAACAUGAGAAGGCUCGCAGCUUCAAGUGCAGUAUUUGUAAUAAGGAGUUUCAGUACGCAGCCUCACUCCGUGCACAUUUGGCCCGUCACAAGCAUCAGAAGACCCAGAGAGUCAGCAUGACACGGGCCAUUGCCACUGAAGAUUCUCAGGGGUCCGAAGAACAGGCGAAGUACCGCACCAAACGGGAGUUUGUGUGCGAUAUCUGUGGCAAGACUCUGCCCAAAUUGUACUCCCUCCGCAUUCACAUGCUGAACCAUACAGGGGUGAGGCCGCACACCUGUAAGAUUUGUGGGAAAAGCUUUGCCACCAAGCACAGCCUAAAGAUGCACCGGGCGCUGCACGACUCCCUCAAGAGAUUUCAGUGCACUGUGUGUGAAAAGUCUUUUGUCACCAAAAGAAGCCUAGAGGAGCAUACAAGCAUUCACACAGGUGAAUCAAAGUACUUAUGCACAACCUGUGGAGCAUCUUUUCACCGUGCAUCCGGACUGAGCAAACACCUCAAGAAACAUCAACCCAAACCUGAUGUCCGCUCAUUCCACUGUACUCACUGUGAUAAGAGUUUCUUUGAAGCGAAAGACCUGCAGCAGCACAUGAAUAAGCACUUAGGCCUAAAGCCCUUCCAGUGUCAGGUCUGUGGGAAAUGUUACAGCUGGAAGAAAGACUGGUACUCGCACGUCAAAUCGCACACUGUUGCAGAGCCCUUCAGGUGUAAUGUGUGUGGGAAGGAGUUCUUUGAGAAGGCGCUUUUCAGACGGCAUGUCAAGAAAGCCACUCAUGGAAAGAAGGGCAGAGUGAAGCAGAACUUGGAGAGAGAGUGUGAACACUGUGGGAGGAAGUUCACACAGCUCAGAGAGUACCGCCGCCACAUGAAUAAUCACCAGGGAGUGAAGCCCUUUGAGUGUCUGACCUGUGGCGUCGCAUGGGCUGAUGCUCGUUCACUGAAGCGGCACGUUCGCACUCACACAGGCGAGCGCCCUUACGUGUGCCCGUUGUGCCAGGAGGCCCACAUAGACGCCAGAACACUGCGGAAGCACAUAACCAAGUUCCACGGAGAUCAGUUGCCCGGCAAGAUCAUGCUGGAGAAGGACACUCUGCAGUUCCACAACCAGGGCACGCAGGUGGAGCACGCCGUCAGCAUCCUCAGCUCUGAGCUGCCCCCUGAACUCCAGCCUCCACAGCCUCCUGUCACAGAGGAGAUAGAGACCGUGCUCAUCACUGAGGAAACCGUGGAGGCCGUGCAGGCUGUGAGUGACGGCUCCGUGGCCACGUUGUCCGAUCAGAGUAUAAUGCAGGUGGUGAACUACGUCCUGGCACAGCAAGCUUCAGUCAAGGUGGAAGAUGCACCAGAGAUCAUCCAGACCAUGGAAGUGGAGGUGGCCCAUGUGGCAGAGGUGGAAUGAGACACAAUUUCUCAGAUCUGUCGACUGCAUCGUAGUGACUUGGCAGUAAAAGGAAUAUGAAUAAGGGCAGGCUUAUUCUUUUGUGUUGUCAAAUGCACCUUGUGUGAUGAUGUAAAAAGUGCUCAUUUAUUUUUGAUGUAAAAUGUAAAUUAAAAUAAGCUUAAAAGACUCGAGUUUGCUGACAUCCCCCUUCUCACAGGUGUCUGUCUGUGUUUGUGUGAGUGUGAGAAUCAGUGCAUGCUGUGUAUGUGUGAAUAUGCUUGAUUUACAUGAUAUGUAAGCUUCUGUAUACACUUGUACAUAAACAGAAUAAUUUGCAUUGUAAUAGUUAUUAUCAAGCAUACAACAAGCAGAUAGAUCCCAGAAUAAAUGUUUGACUUUUUUUGGAACUAGGUUACGUUUUUCUCAUUAUUAAGGCUUUGUUUUUCUUUCUUUUUGAUAAUUUGUACAUAAUAUAUAUAUAAGCUCUAACAGUCUUAGCAAAAGGGCCAUAGGUUCUGUCUGUGGUAUAAUGCGGUGCCUCUCGGUCUCAGCCGAGUACUGUGUAUAUAGCAGCAGAAAUGACAACCAAAUAAAAAACUCUGUCUACAGGGAUUCACCAUG